AUGGCAGAGGCGUCGCCCCCCGCUCCGCUCUCGCCCCUGGACGUGGAGCUGGACCCCGAGUUCGAGCCGCAGAGCCGCCCCCGCUCCUGCACCUGGCCCCUGCAGAGGCCCGAGCUGCAGGCCAGCCCCGCCAAGCCCGCCGGCGAGCCGCCCGCCGAUGCCGCCUCCAUGAUCCCCGAGGAGGAGGACGACGAGGAGGAGGGGGGGGGCUCGGCCAUGGCCGUCGGCAGCGCGGCUCCCGCGAGCGGUGAAGCAACGGCAGCGGCGGCCACCUCCGUCCCGGAGGAGGCGGCGCGGCUGCUGGCCCCGCUGCCCGGAGGCGGCCCGGAGGGGCCGAGCCUCUCGCCCGGGGGAGCGGCGGCGGGCGGCGGGGGGCUGAGUGGGGGCCCGGCGGCGACGCCGAGGAAGUGCUCGUCGCGGCGCAACGCGUGGGGCAACCUCUCCUACGCCGACCUCAUCACCCGCGCUAUCGAGAGCUCCCCGGAGAAGCGCCUCACCCUGUCCCAAAUUUACGACUGGAUGGUCCGCUGCGUGCCCUACUUCAAGGACAAGGGCGACAGCAACAGCUCGGCCGGCUGGAAGAAUUCCAUCCGGCACAACUUGUCCCUCCACAGUCGAUUCGUCAGGGUGCAGAACGAAGGCACUGGGAAAAGCUCUUGGUGGAUGAUCAAUCCAGACGGUGGGAAAGGCGGCAAGGCGCCGCGGAGGCGCGCGGUGUCCAUGGACAACAGCAACAAGUACACCAAGAGCAGAGGGCGGGCGGCUAAGAAAAAGGCAGCCCUGCAGACUGCCCAGGAGGCCAGUGAGGACAGCCCCUCCCAGCUCUCCAAGUGGCCAGGGAGUCCUACCUCCCGCAGCAGCGACGAGCUGGAUGCAUGGACAGACUUCCGCUCCCGGACGAAUUCCAACGCCAGCACCAUCAGCGGCCGCCUGUCUCCCAUUCUGGCCAGCACUGAGCUAGAUGACGUUCAAGAUGAUGAUGCUCCUCUCUCUCCCAUGCUCUACAGUAGUCCAUCGAGUUUGUCCCCCUCGGUAAACAAACCAUGCACUGUGGAGUUGCCCAGGUUGACUGAUAUGGCCGGGACAAUGAAUCUGAAUGAUGGACUGACAGAUAACCUCAUGGAUGAUCUCUUGGACAACAUAACACUCCCUCCCUCCCAGCAGUCGCCCACAGGAGGGAUGAUGCAGAGAAGCUCCAGCUUUCCUUACGGCUCCAAAGGGUCAGGGCUGGGCUCCCCGUCGAGUAGCUUCAACAACGCUGUGUUCGGGCCCUCGUCGCUGAAUUCCCUCCGGCAGUCACCCAUGCAGACCAUCCAGGAGAACAAGCAGGCCACCUUCUCUUCCAUCUCUCAUUACAACAACCAGACGCUGCAGGAUCUCCUGGCCUCUGAUGCACUCAGCCACAGCGAUGUCAUGAUGACACAGUCUGACCCACUCAUGUCACAGGCCAGCACGGCUGUGUCCGCUCAGAAUUCCCGCAGGAAUAUAAUGCUCCGCAGUGACCCCAUGAUGUCCUUCGCCGCCCAGUCCAGCCAGGGGGGUCUGAUCAGUCAGAGCCUGCCCCAUCACCAGCACCAGUCCCACAACUCCUCUCUUAGUGGCAGCCGUGCCUUGUCCAGUUCCAUCAGUAACAUAGGCUUGAGUGAGUCCAGCAGCUUGGGAUCCAGCAAACAUCAGCAGUCAGCUGUCAGUCAGUCUAUGCAAACGCUCUCUGACCCGCUCUCAGGCUCCUCUUUGUACUCCUCUAGUGUCUCGGUCAUGGGACACGAGAAAUUCCCAAGUGACUUGGACCUGGAUAUUUUCAAUGGGAGCCUGGAGUGUGACAUGGAGUCCAUUAUCCGCAGUGAACUCAUGGAUGCAGAUGGGCUGGAUUUUAACUUUGAUUCCCUCAUCUCAGCUCAGAACGUUGUCAGUCUGAAUGUGGGGAACUUCACUGGUGCUAAACAGGCUUCAUCACAGAGUUGGGUACCAGGCUGAAGGACCUUUGAGAACAGGGGAAAAUGGGCAAACAGGCCCUCAAACUGACACAAGAUGUAGAGAGGAGAGAAC